AUGUCGGACAAGGACACCACAAAGCCCGCCCGCGGCACCGACGCCUCGGCUCCCCUUUCUCCCCUCAGCGCGCACCAGCUCGGCACCAGCCCGCGACCCCGCGGCCGAAGCGCCGACCACGCCUCGACCCGCGACCACAUGCUCGACGUCUUCAUCGAGUCGCCCACCAUGGCACCUCUAAGCCGCCGUCCGACCUUCGACUCGACACGGCGCACGGUCUCGCCACCGAACUCGGUCAAGGCGUUCGCGCAGGCACGACGUCGCGGGCAGGAGGCGCGGCAGGAUAGCGAUAACGAGGACGACGACGACGACGACGAUGGAGGCGACUUCAGCGCUGACAAGCCGCCUCUUGGCAGCGGUCGGAGCUGCCACAGCCGAUCACAUAACACAUGUGGCCACCGCAACUCGCUGGGCUUGGCGACGACGGAGGUCGAGGGGAGCCAUCGGGGACCGCACAAAGACAGGCUGUAUAUCGACUUCGACUAUCUCGAGACCUUGAUCAACGCGGAAGAUGGGGAACGUCCGGUCAGUGCCGACUUUGCCAACCUCCCAGACAGCGCGAUGCCGAACAAUGCACCGAUGUUCACCGCGGAUGGAGACUUCAUCGAUGUCGCGACCGAUCACCACUCCAUCUCAGAGGAGAAGGGGGGCGAUGCAAAGAGUGGACCCAUUCAAAUUAGCCAACAGUAUCCCGAGCAAAGCCGGUUCAACUUCUUCUCGUCCGCGCUGGAGUCGACCAUCCACGCUGCCGAGUUCGGGGAUCUGAUCUUGCCUGGAGAGAAUAUUCGGUCACUGUUUGACUUCCCAGAUGAGGAGCCAGACGGCGUCUGGUGGCUGAACAUGAACAACCCUACUGGCGGCGAGGUGUGGACCAUUUGCAAGGCUUUUGGGAUCCAUCCCUUGACGAUCGAGGACAUCAUCCACAAGGAAAGCCGUGAAAAGAUUGAACUAUUUCCGUCUUACUAUUUCGCUUGCUUCAGGUCCUUUGCAUCUGUGGAAGAGCCAGAUGGGGUCGACUAUCAUCCCUUCAACGUUUACGUCGUCGUCUUCCGAGAGGGGAUCAUCAGCUUCAGCUUCACGCCGAAUUCGCACGCAUCCCGGGUCCGGUUCCGUAUCUCACAGCUGAAGGAGCAAGUGUCAAUCAGCAGUGACUGGAUCUGCUAUGCGUUGAUUGACGACAUCGUAGACUCAUUCGGCCCGGGCAUCAACCAAAUUGAGCACGAAGCCGACGCAAUUGAAGAUCAAGUCUUCAUCACGAGACCAGAGGACAAUCAACUGUUCUUACGGCGAAUUGGCCUCACGCGGAAGAACGUGAUGAGUCUCAUGCGUCUUCUCGGCGGCAAAGCAGACGUCCUACGUGCAUUCACGAAGAGAUGCACUGAAGACUAUGACGUCACGCCCCGGAUGGAUAUCGCUCUGUACCUCAGCGACAUUCAAGACCACGCGGUGACGAUGAUGAACAGUCUGAUUCACUUCGAUACCAUGCUGUCCCGUUCACACAGCAACUACCUUGCCCAGCUGUCCAUUGACAACAUCGACAUGGGCAAUCGGACCAACGAAUUCCUCAGCCGAGUGACGGUCAUUGCAACUGUCAUCGUACCGCUGAACGUCGUAUGUGGUCUCUUUGGUAUGAACGUCAAGGUGCCAUGGGGCGAUGUCGAGAACUUGAAUGCCUUCUUUGGGAUCAUGAGUGGAAUAAUACUGUUUGCUGCGGUUUCUUUGGGGGUAGCAAGACGAAUGGGAUACUUCUGA